CUCCAUCUUUACUACGCCUGGCCACCAACGAUGCAGCGUUGCUAGUAAUCCCCUCCCCCCAUGCUUAAAAGAAGGACCAAACCCAGCAGCAGACACCCAAGCACCAACAUUAGUCCAUCGACCUCUCCACCUCAUCUAACCAUUCCUCGCUCCUCUCCUCAUUAAGAAAAUGGCAUCAGUGGAGAUCCUCGAAUCCUGCCUGGUGAAGCCCAGCGAGGAGACGCCGAAGCACGGCCUAUGGCUCUCCAACCUUGACCUCCUCGUGGCCAGGAGCCUCACGCCCACCGUCUACAUCUACCGCCCACGCUCCGACCCGGCAUUCUUCUCGCCGGCAGUCCUCAAGGCCGCGCUGUCCAAGGCGCUCGUCCCUUUCUACCCGCUUGCCGGCCGGCUCGCGCAGGACGACGCGGGGCGGCCGGAGAUCCAGUGCAGCGGCGAGGGGGUCCUAUUCGUCACCGCGCGGGCGGAGGCCACGCUCGACGACCUCGGCGACUUCGCCCCGUCGGAUGAGCUGCGGCAGAUGCUUGUCCCCUCGGGCGCCGGCCCCCACGCCGGCAUUCUAGCGGUGUUCCAGGUGACGCUCUUCAAGUGCGGCGGGGCGUGCCUUGGCGUCGGCAUCCACCACACUGCGGCGGACGGCCUCGCGGCGCUCGACUUCGUGAACAGCUGGGCCACCAUUGCGAGGGCCGACGACGUCGGCGUGCCCGCGCCGAGCCCCUGCCUCGACCGCACGCUCCUCCGCGCGCGCUCCCCUCCCUCCGUGCGCUUCGAUCACGCCGAGUAUUCCCGGCGCGCCGGUGGGUCGUCAAAGCCCAUCGCGUUCGACUCCGCCAUCCUCCCGCUGUCCAAGAUCCAGGUCGACGCGCUCAAGGGCGAUGGUGGUGGCAAGAGGCUCUCGACGUUCAAGGCCGUGGUUAGCCACGUGUGGCGGUGCGCGUGCACGGCGCGGGAACUCGCGCCGACGGAGGACAGCCGGCUGUACAUGACCGCCGACGCGCGCUCCCGCGUCGACCCGCGGCUCCCUCGCAGCUACUUUGGCAACGCCAUCUUCCGCGCGUCAGCAGCAGCCAAGGUCGGCGACGUCGCCUCCGGCCCGCUCGACGCCGUCGCCGAGAAGGUCACCGGCGCGACGGCGCGGCUGAACGACGAGUACGUGCGGUCGCUGGUGGACUACCUGGAGCUGCAAGCUGUGGACGCGGCGGGCUUGCGCAAGGGGGAGUGGGUGAUGCCGGAGACCGACCUAUGGGUGAUAAGCUGGCAGGGGCUGCCGAUCUACGGCGCCGACUUCGGUUGGGGCCAGCCGGUUUUCAUGGGCAGGGCGUGCCUUCAGUUCAGCGGCCUCGUGUACCUCGUGCCGGGUCCCGACGGCGACGGCCGGCUCGAUGUGGUGGUGGCCAUGGAGCCCCGGAGCCUGGGCAGGUUCAGGGAGGUGUUCUAUCAGGAGCUCAAGUCAAUCAGUGCUAGUCCAGCGAUCCUGAGAGCACGCGUCGUACACGACAGUAGUUAAGCAACCGCCGGUGGUCGGAAUAAAACAGAAGAACGAGCAUCAGGCGGCCACCAACACUGUCUCGCUCUCGGACGCAUCCUACACUGUCUGAUGGUGUUCGUUCAAAAACAACCUACGGGGACUGUCAAGUGUCAAUGUACUGGAAUAAUGCAAUUGCAUUAUGUGCACUUAGCGUGUACGGGUUAACGCUAUUGAAAACUACCUUACUUUGAACAA